AUGGGUAGUUUCAAUAAGCAAGUGGAUAGUCCGGUUAUGACAGGCGAAUCUUCGUUUUCGCUGAGCAAUCAGUCUAUCGAACAGUCUCGUUCUACGAUAAACGCGAACUUGCCACUUUUGGCGGAUUUGGAGACCUUAGAGCUGAAAAACUUGGACAAAGAUUUUACAUUUAUCGGGACCAUUGGUAUCGCUGACUUGGCUGCCAAUCCAGAAAUAGCAACAACGUAUCCAGAGUUUCAUAACUUCAUUACUCAUCACAAUCCAAGCUGUCAUGAUCCAUCAAGUUUCGACGGAUAUGUCAUGGAAGAAACUUUGGAGGCGCCUUCGGUAGAGAAGUAUCGCAAACUCUUCAACGAGAUGUUGCAUUUGAUGUACUUUAACUGCCAUCUGACUCAUGUCAAUGAACAGCGCAAAGCUGAGAGCAGUGAGCUCCUUGACAAAAUCAAUUCACUGCGUUUGUUGAUUGGCUCCUCAGUGUCAACAGCUCAAGAGGUGGAGGACGAUGGUAGUAAAAUGCAGAAAGAAUUCCGUGGAGUGUACCCGUAUAAAUCAAAAGUAGACAAGGACACUCUGGAGGGAUGCGAUAGCAUCGAAGUGAAGUAUAAUCGCGGUGAACUGCAAAUCGUUCGCACUCCAACUGUCGUCGGUCCCUCAAUGCAAACGCCGCCACCAAAAAAUUAUGAGUGGGGUGCCCACUUCGAGAAUUUGCAAGUUGAAAGCAUAAAAAAAGAAAGCACUCCAGUUGCUGACGUAACUCACUCACGAAGAUCAACUUCAUCCAGAAGUCUUACUCGUCCAAAGCACACAUACGCACCCUACAAAAAGAAUCCCACGAGAAGACUCAUCGAUGAGCUUUGUCAAGUCUCCGCUGACACGCCAAUCAAGCAAAUCGCCGCCGGAUUAUCGAAUCUCUCAGUUUCUCCACUAGUUCCAAUACAUACUUCGCAGAACAAGGAGAUAAAUCAUCACGGUCUGCCCAUCCACAACACUUAUGAACGUUCACCAUUUGCUCCGGUAUCUCAACACAACAGUAGCCGUAGUGGAACCAACAGCACGACCGAGAACUCUGCCAACGACCGUCGCCAACGUUCUGUAUACUCUCCUGAUAGUAACAAUUCAGAAUCUCAUCAGUAG